AUAAUUCACGCGAUCCCAUUGGGAGCUGCUGACACCAACCCAAUCGUCAUCUCCGGGGCCCCGUCGGACGCUUAUCGCGAGACAAUCGAUCAAUCCACUACAGUGAUAAGGCCGAGCAUUUCUCGUCUUACGCCCACCAGCUACCUUGUUUCUCUCCUUUGGGUUCUUCCUUCGUUCCUUGCUCUGGAACUCCACGAUUCGGACCGAAUAUGGUCCAUGAUGAACCCCGGGACGAUGAUGUCCUCCGGCCCCUGUUGGCUGAUCGGCCAACACCAGACAGCGAUCGAGGCCCAAACACCACCGUCAACUGGCGUCCGACAAUUCUUUGCACUCUCAUGUUCCUGGUAAUGGGAAUUGGAUCGUUCAUCAGCGCCGCCCCUCAGUUGCGUCUUUUUGAAUCUAUCAUCUGCCAGCAAUACUACCAGGAUACCGACACUUUUCCGGACCGAUCGGAAAUUCCCGAGCAUCUGUGCAAAGCAGGUCCAGUGCAAGCGGCGCUGGCCGAGCUGGUCGGAUGGCAAUCCUGCUUUGACAAUAUUCCCAGUCUCCUCCUAGCCCUGCCGUAUGGAAUCUUGGCGGACAAAUAUGGACGACGGUUGGUCAUGACCUUGAGUUUCGUGGGCCAGCUUGCAGGCAUGACAUGGGUAUUAUUCGUUUGUUGGCUGGGACUGCCGAUCAAGACGGUCUGGCUUUCAUCGGCUUUUCUCCUCCUCGGUGGCGGGACCACUGUUGCUGCGUCGGUGGUGAUGAUGGUGAUUACGGAUUCCACACCACAGAUCAACAGAUCCCAAAUUUUCAUGUCUUUCGAGGCAGCGGUUCUCCUUACCGAAAUUAUAUCUCCUCCGAUUGGAUCCCUCUUGAUGACCCACAGGAUUUGGUUGCCAAAUCUGGUGAAUUGCGCCUGCUGUGCAGUCUCAAUCCUGCUAUCCUGGUAUAUGCCAGAGACUCGCCACUAUGCUAUCAGAAAAGCGCAUCCUGAAUCCGAGAUAUCCGCAACGCCGAGCGAGGACCUUUCGGAGCCUCCCAACGCACAUAAGAGGGGUAGUGCUUUGGUGAACACUUUGAAAGAGAGGCUUUCCGUCAUCACAGCGCAGCGUAAUGUCUCACUGUUGAUUCUUUCUUUCCUGGUAGCAAACUUUGCGCGUGAUUCCAUGGCUUUCCUCUUACAAUACAUCUCCAAGCGCUAUUCUUGGCCGAUCGCCAAGACCAGCUAUAUGCUUUCGUUUCGCGCUUUCGCCCAGUUACUCCAGUUCAUGCUCCUCCUACCAUGGAUCGACCGCACCAUGCGCAGGCGCUUCGAGACAAGACCGAAAGAAAAAGAUCUAUACCUCUCCCGCUUCAGCAUUAUCGUGAUGACGAUAGGCUUCGCUGCCCUCGGUUUUGCGCCUACCAUUGGGCUAUCAAUGCUGGGCAUCGCCGUUUACACGGUCGGAUCGGGAUUCAGUACCUUUGCCAGAAGUCUCACCAGCUCUCUCAUGGAACCUACCAUGAUGGGCGCUCUGUACAGUACCCUUGCGAUCAUGGAAACCACGGGCUCCCUCUUGGCGGGGCCGUCCAUGUCGUGGGCGUUUCGAUGGGGGAUGGACUUGGGAGGCGUUUGGCUGGGGAUGCCGUAUUUGAUUUCAGCGGGCCUGUGUGCGUUGAUGACUGCGGUGAUUUUUAUGAUUCGUCUGGAGCCUGUGGGCACUGGGGCUGUCGUUCACGUUUAAGAAGACCGAAUUGCAGUCUAUGUAGGGCAUGAACGAUGGCGGGUUUAGCAACUCUC